AUGAUGAAAAUAAACUCAAUACAACUGUUUAUAUACUCGAUAGUGUUUUUGGCGACAUUUUGCUUGGGUGCAAAUCCAUGGCCUGAGCUAGAGAUAGAUCGUGUUACCAAAAAGAGGAAAAAUGAUGAAAAUUAUAUUGAGGAUGUACAAUAUCAUACUGUGCGACCUACUAUCUUUCGUAAGCGAAGAACGGAUGAGCCUUAUCUUGCAAAUCAGCCGGUAGGAACAUGGACAGAACUUCGAUCCAAUGUAAGAAAAAAUGCACAACCUACACCUCUCAGAGUUGAUGAACCACCUUUCGAGCGACAAGAUGGAAGAACAAUUGCUGUGGGGAGAACCGCCAUUCUGCCAUACCGAAAACCGAAAUCCUUAGAUCUCUUCUCACUGUCAAAUUUAUUAUUGGUGACGAAUGUUGAAGGAGGUCUUCAUGGUAUCGAUAGACAAAAUGGACAAUUGCUGUGGUCAAUUGAUUCUGUACAUACCGAACCUCUGGUAACUUCUUCAGAGGAAGCACGCAAGAGUAUAAAUGAAACUUUAAUCAUAGAGCCCUAUAGAGAUGGAGGUAUUUACUAUUUCAACGUUUAUCAAGGUCUGCAGAGAUUACCAAUUUCAAUCAACCAGUUGAUUUCUUCAUCUCCUAUGCACUUAAAAACUGAUGUAAUAAUAGAUGAACUAGGUACUGUCGUGGAGGACGAAAAGAUCUAUACUGGUUACAGAUCCACAGCAAUGUACACUAUUGAUGCUCGUACCGGUGAAAUUCUGUCAGAGUUCGGUCCAGGUACUGAAAACAAGAACUUCAAGAAAGAAGGCGAGGUUUGUAUUUCUAAAGGUUUUAACAUGGAAGAAUGCGAUAAAAUAUUAAUAAUUGGCAAAUCUACUUAUCAUUUGGGUAUCCAUUCGACGGAUGGUUCCACUUUUAACGUUACAUAUUCUAACUGGCAACAGAAUUCAAUUGACAUGCAUUUAAAUACUGAAAAUCUGUUCUCUCAAGACGGUAUCUACAUUGCACCAUUUCGAGAUAAGUCUGUCUUGGCGAUCGAUGCAGAUUUCAAAAUUGCAAAAUGGGUUUCUUCUGAUUUUCCUGCUAUCGUAAAUGGAAUCUUUGAUGUUUUCGAGGAUGACACUCAAGAUGAAAAUAUUUUAAUCCCACAUCCAUUCAAAUUACCAGGUGAUGAAACAUACCACGAAAGUAAAGUCUAUUUAGACCAGACGAAGGAUCACACUUGGUUCGCAUUGUCCUCGGAAAAUUUCCCAUCUUUAGUUGAUGCUGCACCUACAUCAAAAUUUUGCCUUAGUGACAGAUGGAGGGUUUCUUCAAUAUUGAAAAAUGAAGAACUUUUUAGAACAGCAGUGACAGGUGUUCAUGAUCUAAUAGACGUCAAGUAUGAGCACAUUAAUACUGGAACUGAAUUAAAUGAUAUUCCUUCGUUGCCAGAUACCUCGCACUUAUUGCUUGAUCCCCCACCACUAGAUAGCUCAAUUGCACAAAGAAGUGAAUAUUCCAGGCACAAUGAAAUUGAAAAGUAUUUAUCACCUGGGGAACUCGACGCUUAUAGAUUAAAAGUAGAAAAACAGAUUGCCCACGAAAUGCUUCAAAGAAGGAGCGAUGGUUCUGUAUUGCUCGCUUUGGGAAUGUUUUUGUACCGAAUCAUCGAAGGAGGGUUUGUAUUGGUUUUUGCUUUGCUUGUUUUGAUAGUUCUGCAAAAGUUCAAAAUCAUACCACCGCUAAACGUUUUGUUGGAAAAAUCUGGUUUGAUUUCUGCUAAAGGUCUUAAGAUUGCUGAUGUCAAGAUAUCUGAGGUUCGUGUUGAAGAGAAUCACAAUAGUGAUCAAGGGAAAGGCUCAACUAAAUCAAGCAAUGGGCCGAUGAAUGAUAACCAUCGCUUCAGUCCUGCAAGCGAAGGCACUACGAGUUUUGGCGAAGAGCUCAAUCAUGAGUCAGAAAUUAGAAAUUCUCAUGCAGAUAUCUCAGAAAAUUCCACUGCAGAGAAAAGAAAAAGGAAGAGAGGCUCAAGAGGGGGUAAAAAGGGCAAAAAACAUCAACAGUAUGACGUUGAUUCAGAAGAGCUUCACAAAGUAGAUACACUAGAAGUUGAAAAUAAUUUGAAAAGUCUAAGUGUCUCAGAAAAAGUUUUGGGGUAUGGUUCCUCGGGUACAGUUGUUUUACAAGGAAGUUUCCAAGGAAGGCCUGUUGCCGUAAAAAGGAUGUUACUCGAUUUUUGCGAUCUUGCAUCUCAAGAGAUAAAACUUCUUACUGAAAGCGACGAUCAUCCUAACGUAGUACGUUAUUUUUGUUCUGAAGCAACAGAAAAAUUUCUUUACAUCGCUUUAGAGCUUUGUAACUCUACGUUGGAAGACUUGGUAGAGCCAAAAAAAUCAUCAAGUCUAUCUUUCAAACUGCAGAAUGCGGAGGAUUCGAUAAAUGUCCUCUACCAAAUUACAUCAGGUGUGGCUCACCUGCACUCUUUGAAAAUCAUUCAUAGAGAUAUAAAACCGCAGAAUAUUCUGGUGGCGGCACCAAAACAAUCAGCUUUCGGAAAACAUGGAAUGGAUGGCAGGGCUAGAAUUCUCAUAUCCGAUUUUGGCCUUUGCAAGCAGUUAGAUGGGGAUCAAUCGUCAUACAGAACUAAUUUCACAAACAUUGGCGGUACCAGUGGUUGGCGGGCACCAGAAUUAUUAGAUGAAUCCACAAGGAAACUUCUGGAAUCCAUGUCCAAAGUUUCGGCAAAUGAAGGUCACGAUUCUUCAUCAAGUGAUUCCUUUUUCGAUCUUGUUACCAAACAAAGAUUAACCAGAUCAAUUGAUGUUUUCUCUCUUGGGUGCGUCUUUUAUUAUGUGUUAUCAAAGGGUGAGCAUCCUUUCGGUAGCCGCUAUUUGCGCGAAGCUAACAUCAUAAACAGCAAAUGCAAUCUGUCUGAUCUGAGCAAAACCCUCAAGGAUCGGUCGCUGGUUGUCGAAGCCCGGGAUCUCAUCGUGCGAAUGGUGAAUAAAGACCCUUUAAAGAGGCCAAGCGCGUCAAGUAUUCUAAAUCAUCCAUUAUUUUGGUCUAAUACGAAAAAGCUGGAAUUUCUUUUGAAAGUCAGUGACCGGUUCGAAGUUGAAAGGAGAGAUCCACCAAGUCCUUUGCUACUCAAGUUAGAAGCGCAUUCGAAAGAAGUAAUACUAAACUCGGAUUGGACCUCUAAGUUCGAUCGGGAGUUUAUGGAUAAUUUAGGUAAAUAUAGAAAGUACAGCGGUGAAAAACUAAUGGAUCUGUUAAGAGCUCUAAGAAAUAAGUAUCAUCAUUUCAUGGAUUUGCCAGAAAGUUUAGCCGCCAUUAUGGGACCGGUUCCCGAUGGCUUUUACAGCUAUUUUAUCAAGCGUUUUCCAAAUCUGUUAAUGGUCACCUAUUAUGUGGUUAAACAUAAUUUUCAAGAUGACCAAAUAUUCGCCAAAUAUUUUGGAUAG